CAAGAUGGCCGCGGCGCCUGCUUGUUUUGAUGAAUAAUCUCUGUGUGGGGCAGGGGUAGGGGCAGCGAGCCGGGCAGCGGUCGAGGGGGCAGCCGGGCGGGCACUGAGUGGGCAGGGCUGAGGCAGGCAGGCACUGGCGUCGCCCUUCCUGCAGUAUUGGGGGCAGCAGGAGCUGGGGGCAACAGGAGAAGGGGCGGGAAAGCAGGAGCUGAGGGUAUCUGAGCUAGGGCACAGGAAAACGAGGAGCAAGAACUGGGGCAUAGGAGGAGGCUGGAGCUGGGGCAGGGUGCAGCAGUCGCAGCUGGGGCGCAGGGAGGCAGCAGUCACUGAGAGGACCUGGACCUGGAUUGCUGACUGGCAAGCAGAGAGAGGGUGCAUUCUGUAUUGUUGUGCUUCAUCUCUGACUAUGCAAUUCUGAGACACCCCUGGGGCAAGAGGCAGCAGGACCGAAUUCCCCCGAAGCUCCCAUCCCCUAGAGAAGCAAAGAGCCCCCAAACUACUUUCACCAUUAAGAGGAAAGCGAUGGAGGAGCUGAGCGCUGAUGAGAUCCGUCGAAGGCGCCUUGCUCGGCUUGCAGGUGGACCAUCUUCCCAGCCCACCACUCCCCUUACCUCUCCACAAAGAGAGAACCCACCUGGACCACCUGUAAUAGUGCCAGCCCCAGGUCCAUCCCACAAUUUUGGCCUGAAUGUCCAUAGUAUGACCCCAGCUACCUCUCCAAUUGGCGCAUCAGGAGUAGCCCACCGAAGCCAGAGCAGCGAAGGAGUGAGUUCUCUCAGCAGUUCCCCAUCUAACAGCCUUGAAACACAAUCUCAGUCUCUCUCCCGGUCCCAGAGCAUGGAUAUUGAUAGUGUCUCCUGUGAGAAAAGUAUGUCCCAGGUGGAUGUAGAUUCAGGAAUAGAGAACAUGGAGGUCGAUGAGAGUGAUCGCAGAGAGAAAAGGAGCCUGACUGAUAAGGAGCCUCCAUCAGGAUCUGAAGUAUCCGAGGAGCAGGCCUUACAGCUGGUCUGUAAGAUCUUCAGAGUAUCCUGGAAGGACCGAGACAGAGACGUCAUCUUCCUCACUUCGUUCUCUGAGCAAUUUAAGCAGAACCCAAAAGAAGUGUUCUCAGAUUUUAAGGACUUGAUUGGCCAGAUUUUAAUGGAAGUUCUGAUGAUGUCCACCCACUCGAGGGACGAAAACCCAUUUGCCAGCUUGACAGCCACAUCCCAGCCAAUUGCAGCAGCUGCCCGGUCACCUGACAGAAAUCUGAUUCUAAACACUGGCUCCAACCCAGGAACAAGUCCUAUAUUCUGUAAUGUGGGCUCCUUUGGUUCCAGCUCUUUAUCCAGUCUCUAUGGGACUAGUCCAGCUUCUAGUAACCAUUUCUCAAGCCAUGUGCCAAUGACUGGUUCAUCUGUUACCCCACCGGCCAGUUCACUUGCCAUCACAUCUGUGCCUUCCAUUUCUGUCAGCCCUCAUCUCACAGCUGCAAGUCCUUCUGGAGUCCAGCCCUCCUCUCCGAGGUACCACCCAUAUACCGUAACCCACCCCUGGGGCUUUUCAGCUUCUCAAAUCCCACGCUCCUUGAAUAUCUCCAUCCCAGCUAGCUCACCAAGUCCUCCAGUCAUGGCUGCCAGUCCUCAAGCUGUGCCAGUCAGCUCAUCCAGACAGAGGCCCACAACCAUGGGCCCACCUUUGUCUACUGCUUUGCCCGGUACCUUGAGCAGGCGUUCUUCUUUCCUAAACAGGAUUCCGUCUAGUAUAUACGACAACCCUUUCUCCCUCCUCUUCCUUGCCGUUUCUGAUGUGUCUGGGGACAGUAGUGAUGAAGAAAAUGAAGAUGGUGAUUUUUCUUGUGUCCAGUUUGGGUCCAGUGUGGGAGGCUCUGCUGGAGCAAGUGCUUGUGAUUCCUGCAGUGACCAUUUCAGCAUUGAAACUUGUAAGGAGACAGAGAUGCUGAACUACCUCAUUGAGUGUUUUGACAGAGUUGGAAUAGAGGAGAGAAAAGCACCAAAGAUGUGUAGCCAGCCAGCAGUUAGCCAGUUACUGAGCAACAUCCGAUCACAGUGCAUUUCCCAUGCUGCUUUGGUCCUACAGGGAUCCUUAACACAGCCAAGGUCUUUGCAGCAGCAGUCUCUGUUGGUACCAUACAUGCUGUGUAGGAAUCUUCCAUUUGGCUUCAUCCAAGAAUUGGUGAGAACAACUCACCAGGAUGAAGAGAUGUUUAAACAGAUCUUUAUCCCUAUCUUACAAGGCCUGGCUCUUGCUUCCAAAGAGUGCUCCCUUGAUAGUGACAAUUUUAAAUAUCCCCUUAUGGCAUUAGGUGAAUUGUGUGAAAUCAAGUUUGGGAAAACGCACCCUAUAUGCAGUUUGGUUGUUUCUUUGCCCUUGUGGUUGCCUAAACCUGUAAGCCCAGGUGCAGGACGAGAGUUGCAAAGACUCUCUUACCUUGGAGCUUUUUUCAGUCUCUCUGUCUUUGCUGAAGAUGAUAUUAAAGUAGUUGAAAAAUAUUUCUCAGGGCCUGCCAUUACUCUUGAAAACACGCGGGUUGUUAGCCAGUCAUUGCAGCAUUACCUGGAAUCUGCAAGACAAGAGCUGUUUAAAAUUCUACAUAGUAUUUUGCUGAAUGGUGAAACUCGAGAGGCAGCUCUCAGUUACAUGGCAGCUGUUGUUGAUGCCAACAUGAAGAAGGCACAGAUGCAGACUGAUGAUCGGAUGGUGUCUACGGACGGUUUUAUGCUCAACUUCCUUUGGGUGCUGCAGCAGCUUAGCACGAAGAUCAAGCUAGAAACGGUUGAUCCCACCUAUAUAUUUCAUCCCAGGUGUCGCAUCACUGUCCCAAUGGAUGAGACAAGAGUGAAAGCAACAAUGGAGGAUGUUACAGGCUGGAUGGCUGAGCUUUAUAGGGAUCAGUCUCCAUGUUCCGAACCGAAAUUCCCAACAGAAUGCUUCUUCCUAACCCUGCAUGCCCAUCACCUCUCCAUCCUGCCAAGCUGCCGCCGCUACAUCCGUAGACUGCGGGCCAUCAGGGAGCUCAACAGGACUGUGGAAGAUCUGAAAAACAAUGAAAGUCAAUGGAAAGAGUCUCCUCUGGCUACCAGACAUCGAGAAAUGCUGAAACGCUGUAAAACACAACUUAAGAAACUGGUGCGGUGCAAAGCUUGUGCAGAUGCUGGCUUGCUAGAUGAGAACUUUCUUAGGAGGUGUCUGAAUUUUUAUGGUAUGGUGAUUCAGCUGUUGCUUCGAAUCCUCGACCCUGCCUACCCCAACAUAGUACUGCCUUUAAAUCCUGAUGUCCCGAAGAUGUUUGCAGCACUGCCCGAGUUUUAUGUGGAAGAUGUUGCUGAAUUUUUAUUUUUUAUUGUACAAUACUCUCCUCAGGUGCUUUAUGAGCCCUGCACUCAGGACAUUGUGAUGUUCCUUGUUGUGAUGCUGUGCAACCAGAACUACAUCCGAAACCCAUAUCUGGUAGCAAAGCUGGUGGAGGUGAUGUUCAUGACAAACCCAGCAGUUCAGCCACGGACCCAGAAGUUCUUUGAAAUGAUUGAGAAUCAUCCUCUCUCCACUAAAUUGUUAGUCCCCUCACUGAUGAAGUUUUAUACAGAUGUUGAGCACACUGGAGCCACCAGCGAGUUCUAUGACAAAUUUACAAUCCGCUACCAUAUCAGCACCAUUUUCAAAAGCCUUUGGCAGAACAUAGCACAUCAUGGCACCUUCAUGGAAGAGUUCAACUCUGGGAAGCAGUUUGUUCGCUAUAUCAACAUGCUGAUAAAUGAUACAACUUUCUUGCUGGAUGAAAGUCUGGAGUCCCUAAAACGGAUCCAUGAAGUUCAAGAGGAGAUGAAGAACAAAGAACAGUGGGACCUGCUGCCUAGGGACCAGCAACAGGCUCGGCAGUCUCAGCUUGCUCAGGAUGAGCGUGUGUCUCGCUCGUAUCUUGCCCUGGCAACAGAAACUGUUGAUAUGUUCCAUAUCCUUACCAAGCAGGUUCAGAAGCCUUUCCUCAGACCUGAACUUGGACCACGAUUGGCUGCUAUGCUGAACUUUAACCUUCAGCAAUUGUGUGGCCCCAAGUGCCGUGACCUGAAAGUUGAAAACCCUGAAAAAUAUGGGUUUGAACCAAAGAAGCUGUUGGACCAACUGACUGAUAUUUACCUGCAGUUAGAUUGUGCUCGCUUUGCUAAAGCAAUUGCUGAUGACCAGAGGUCCUACAGCAAAGAGCUAUUUGAGGAGGUUAUUUCAAAGAUGAGGAAGGCUGGAAUCAAGUCCACAAUAGCAAUAGAAAAAUUCAAACUGCUGGCAGAGAAAGUGGAGGAAAUUGUUGCCAAGAAUGCCCGUGCAGAAAUCGAUUAUAGUGAUGCUCCAGAUGAAUUCAGAGAUCCACUCAUGGACACUCUUAUGACUGACCCUGUGAGGCUGCCAUCUGGAACGAUCAUGGACAGAUCAAUCAUCUUACGACACCUGCUGAACUCCUCCACUGACCCCUUCAAUCGGCAGACACUGACAGAAAAUAUGUUAGAACCAGUGCCAGAACUGAAAGAGCAAAUCCAAGCCUGGAUGAGAGACAAGCAGAACACUGACCAUUAAAAACUCCCUUGCAGUGCACGCCAAGGCCAAUGAGAAGAGCAGGGCAUGGAUUGAUAUAGUGAUGAUGGUGCAUAUAAUCCACUGGAAGCUGAAGACGGAAUUAACUUUCAGGGUGCCCACCACCACUGACUUGUAGUAAUGACCAGAAGCAUGUUGACGAGAAGAAAAGCAGCUUAAUUCUUGUACAUAUAUUUAAGUGAUAACAAUGGUCAAUAGCGUGAAGGACAAAAUUAGGAAGUUUCUAAUGUUACAAAACCAAGUCCUUCCGUAUGUCACAAUUUGGGGGUUUUACAGCUGAAUUAUUUUAGCAAAAAAUGAAUGGAUCAGGGCAGCAUCCUUUCAACUUUAUUUUUUACGGCCAGAUAUUAAUUAAUUUGAUUGUGGUUAGAACCUUGGACACUUUGCUGCUAAAAUAACAUUUUUUUCCCUCUCCAACCCCCAACCUGCACUGCUGUCUUUUUUUUUGGUAAUGCAAACAAAAACAAAACUCCCCAGUGAAAAUAGUCCUUUCCUUGCCCCCAGGAGAACAUAUUCUGUGAGAUAAUUGUGCCUGCAACAAAGUGUUAAUCUUGGGAUCGUAUUUUUAUAUUAUACAUUUUCGCAUAUUUGUUUUUUAAUUGGUGUUAGAUGACACACAAGAAUAAUAAUUUAAAAAAUUUUUGACACACAGAUUUUAAGUUGUUCUUUGAGAUGUCCCAUUUCUUUGUGUUGAAUAGAGAAAAUCUUGAUGCUCUGGUAUUUUUGAAAAGCCUUAUGAGAGAACAUGUUGAAACAGCUGCUACCAAGGAGGUGUUUGGGAAUGCCAGGACUUCAGUGACUUAAAAUAAAGAAAUAAAUUCUUUUAAAGCCAGAGACAUAGUAUGCUAAGUGACAGUUCUGAGCCGUUACAGUUUGUCUCUGGAGAGUGGAUCCUUUUAUUCUUGGAGCCUGUAAUUUGGGGUGGGGGUCAUUUUUAUGUUGCGUACCAGUUUGUAUCCAUGGCUUGGCCUUACCAAAGCAAAAAGGGUGCAGGAAAUGUAGAAUUACAUUUUUAAAAAAAAAACUAAAAACCAAAAAAAAAAAAAAAAAAUUUUUGUAUUACUGCCCCCUGCUUAAGAUACUUGAAUUUCCUUUUUAAAAAGGAUUUGAAACCGCUGUGUUUUAAAAUGAAGCCUGUAAAAAGAAAAAGUUGUUUCUUUUUGUUUUUCGCUGACAGUGUCCUCUGUUCAGUUCCUGACUCUUGAACUAAAAUAAAUGGUGAUACACAUUCGCAAGGAA